GUAGAAUGCUACCUCGCUCCGCCACCACAUCGCACGGCAAGUGCGUUUCUCUCCGCCCCUUUCUCUUAACUGGCAGUAGCACGGUUCUUCUGGUGCUAAUAUGCAGUGAAUGACGACGGUGAGAAAUAUACUUAUGAUUGCCGCUUAACUUGAUCUCGUGUCGCAGUAUCCACUUCUAACGCCAAAAACCAAAGUCAGAAGAAGCAUGGCUGAAUCAAAGAAAACUACCGAAGAUUCCUCGCGGGACAAAGAGUUAGAUGAUCUGCUCGACAGUGCGCUAGAAGAUUUUAGCAAACAUGACCCGAAAAAGCAGAAGGAUGCUGCCCCUGCUACGGGAGAACAGAGCGUACAGCAGCACGAAGAUCCGCCAACCGAGCAACUUUGGAACGAGGAAUUUGUUGAUCAGCAGGCGAAAAUGUUCGAACAGCAUAUGGCUGCCCUGUUCGGCGGUGGCGAAAAGGUUGACAGCGAACAGAUCAUGCUUGGCUUUCAGCGAAUCGCGGAAGCAGCCGGAAUGGCGAUACGCACCGAAGGGGGUACAGCGGCAGCAGCAGAACCGGAAGCUGCACCGGCCACCAACACGCUCGACCCCUCGAUUAGCCAAAGUAUAAGCGAAGCGUUGAAAGCGAUGAGUGAAGGGCGCGAAAACCUGCAGACACCGUUCAGCCCCGAAGACGUUGCCAACAUGUUCGGCAACAUCGAUCUGAACGCAACCGGUGAAAACAAUGCAUUUCUACCGUUCAUGCAAAACAUGAUGCAGAGCCUGCUGUCGGCCGAUGUGUUGCUACCGAGCAUGCAGGAUCUGGUCGGUAAGUACCCGGCGUGGUUAGCCGAACAUGGUGCCAGUCUGCCCAAGGACGAAAAAGAGCGGUACGAGAAGCAGCUGGCACUGAUGAAGGAAGUUUGCGCCGAGCUGGAGAAGGAACAGCCGGACGAUAGUGCCGAGGUCAAGCAAGAACGGUUUAAGAUCGUGCUGGAAAAGAUGCAAUCGAUGCAAGACCUGGGCCAACCGCCAACCGAUCUGGUAGGCGAUCUGGGGCCGGGAAAUCUCAACCUGCCAACACUAGACCCAUCCUCGUUUGGUGAGCAGAAUCCCUGCCCAAUCAGUUAACUCUUAAGGAACCAAAAGAAGGUGCGCGUUGGGACGAUGGGGUGAUGGCUUGAUGACACAUUGCAGUCAUAUUACCGGUAUUGCUGUGUGCUUUUGGUAUAGCGCAUAUAGGGCUUGAUUGUUAGUUUUUAAAUGUUUGCCAAAGGGGCGAGUGUGAACAACAGUCGCCACGCCAUGGCGAACCGUAAAAAGGGGGAGAUGUAGGGGGGGGGGAGGGUUGUUUGCUUAAACUUUGUUAUUUCACAAAAAAAUAAAUAAUAAACGCCACGAGCGGCGUUCACGAAAGCGCAAAACAUGACAACCCA